UGAUCAGUGUCCGUCAGAGAAGCACCGCACACGGGAAAAGUUGUUGUUAGAGUACAGUCCGGCAUCUGACACGGAAUGAUAUCACCUAAUUUGCGUUUAAUCAUUUAAGCACACUGACGUGAAAUGGAUUAUUAUGGAUCGGACGUGGAGACGGACGAUUGCAAGAAGCCCUUGUUGCAGCGUGCGGAUAACGAUGAGGUUGAAAAGGCGCCCGCCUGCUGCUCCUCCCGCUACGGCCUGGCCGUGAUCGCAUGCUACGGCUUCUUCGUGGCCUACGCUCUGCGGGUCAACCUGAGUGUGGCCAUGGUGGACAUGAUCAACACUAACAUGACUGGCAACGUCAGCUCCUCCCUCUGCCCCAGCCAGGGUCCACCACGGCCAAAACACAACCACUCGGCAAGCGUUUACGACUGGGACUCAAAGACGCAGGGCUGGAUCCUGGGCUCGUUCUUCUACGGGUACAUCCUGACCCAGAUCCCGGGCGGCUACCUGGCCCGGAUAUAUGGGGCCAAGUGGCUUCUGGGCAUCGGGAUCCUGGGCACGGUCAUUUUCACCCUGGUCACCCCGCUGGCGGCAGACAUGGGCGCGGGAUACCUGAUCGCCGUGCGAGUGCUGGAGGGCAUCGGGGAGGGUGUGACCUUUCCCGCCAUGCACUCCAUGUGGGCGUCGUGGGCCCCGCCCCUGGAGAGGAGCCGGCUGCUCACCAUCUCAUACGCAGGUGCUCAGCUGGGCACUGUAGUGGCGCUCCCCUUGUCUGGCGAGAUUUGUUAUUACUUGGACUGGACGUAUGUUUUCUAUGUGUUUGGAGCCAUUGGGCUGCUGUGGUUUGUCCUGUGGGCCUUCCUGGUGAGCAGCACCCCCGACGCGCACAGGACCAUCUCAGACCAGGAGCGGCUCUACAUCACUUCAUCACUAAAGAAAGAGCUCUCCCACUCGUCUGAGUCCGUCCCCUGGGGGUCCAUCCUGAGCUCCCUCCCUCUGUGGGCCAUUGUGGUCGCUCACUUCUCCUACAACUGGACCUUCUACACCCUGCUCACCCUGCUCCCCACCUACAUGAAUAACAUCCUGGGCUUCAGCAUUAAGCAGAACGGAACGCUGUCUGCGCUGCCCUACCUGGGCUGCUGGCUCCUGUCCCUCUUGGGGGGACAGCUGGCCGACCGCCUGCGGGAGACCUGCCACUUCUCCACCGUGGCCGUGCGCAAGGCCUUCACCCUCAUAGGGAUGAUUGGGCCGUCCGUGUUCCUGGUGGCCGCAGGGCACACCGGCUGCGACUACGUCCUGGCUGUAGCCUUCCUCACCAUCUCAUCUGCCCUGGGGGGCUUCUCCGCCUCCGGGUUCAACAUCAACCACCUGGACAUCGCCCCCUCCUACGCGGGAAUCUUGCUGGGGAUUACCAACACCUUUGCCACCAUCCCAGGCAUGGUGGGGCCAGUCAUAGCCAGGGCCCUCACACCACAUAACACCCUAGAGGAGUGGCAGACGGUCUUCUACAUCUCGGCUGGAAUCAAUGUGUUCGGCGCCAUUUUCUUCACCAUAUUUGGAAAGGGUGUGGUCCAGCCCUGGGCAUUCCAGAAGAUGCACUCCCACGAUAACUGAAUCUGCUGCAACAGAGAGCCAGUGUUCGCUGUUCUUUUUUAGGACACCUUCAGGUCUGGUAGCCAGUUGUCAAAGUCACUUGAAAGGUCAUUGUUUCUUGUAGGUAGCUACGCCUCACUCACUUUCUGUUUUUGACCGCUGUGCGUGCAGCCUGAAGUUCUGACACAACUAAUGAAAUGAAAGGAAGCUAAUAUCUGCCAGGACUGACAGCUGGACUGUGCUCAAAGGGAAAAGCCACGCCCACACCAUCUGCAAACGACCGACAACGCUGAAACUGUGUUAUCAGAGUCAGCUGAGAUCUGGAUGAAAUCCAAGUCGCUCUGACAACUGGCACUAUCACAAAUUACUUCCUAAAAUGUCCUAAAAUUGACACAGUACCCACGCUCUCUCAGUUACAUAUGUCAACAGAGCAGUAGAGACCAGGCCUAAGCUACCUGCUGUGGUCUAGACUGUUCUGUGCAUUACACCGGAGAAAGAAUUAGCCUUUUCAAAUAUU